AGCAUAAACAAACAGUAGAGGAGUCAAAAACAAUUUUUAAACUUAUUUUUGUGGUCAGUAACUAUGAUCGAAUCGGCUCCUAAAAAUGGUCGAAUCGACUCGUGCAGUGUCGAAUUGCCAAUCAACAGUCGUAGUCAAUGGCAUAACACUAGAGUGACGUAGCACAGCUUUCCCGAACUACACCGGGAUUCUGCGCCUCGUGCUGAUUACAGGUGCAAAACAUGAUUUGCGGGUAGAUAUUUCAUAAACGGCUGCAUGUACCUUGCAAUUUGCCAGUAUUUGUCAAUAAACGAAAAAAAAAAGCGCGGGCCAUUCCUCGGACCAAAAAUGUCUAUUAAUUAAGAAUAAAUAUUGUUUACAGAAUAAUUUUAUGAGUUUUGAUGCAACUUUGGUUGAAAGAAAUAAGGGCGCAACUUACUACUGGAGUAAAUGUCUGUGGCAGCCCGGUGUUGCCUGAAAACAUGUCAUGCAGAUCAUUGAGCAGGGUGAAAGAAAAAAGACAAUCACAAUUACAUUCUUCGAUUUAAAAAAAGCCCUAAAACCAGGUAAUAACCAGAAGUCUCCACAGUUUAAUGGUUGAUGCGCAGUCAGUGGGAGCAAAGCAGCUGUCCGCAGAGGAUUGUGGGUCGCACAAGGUCUGCAAUGAGAUACCACGCGCCGCGUGCUGACAUCGCCUUACAUGUACCCCACCCUCCUCGCCCUUCUCCCCACUCCUCCAUUUCCAUCGUCCAUCAAUCCUGGCUCAUCUUGACAAUGCGACAGCUGUUGCUGGUGGCGCAGCAUUCGAUGGCAAAGAUCUUGACCAAGAAAGUUCAUCGUGAGGACUUGAAUCGGACCACUCCUCAACUAGAUGACGACCAGUCGGCAAUGGCACCGUCGCCCCUCCGUGCGUGAAGAUCAUCCGGCAUUGCUUCCUGGCCUGCGUUCGAGUUCUUGUGUUCUGGCAGCAAAGACUUGUAACUUGAGUCUCAAGGUGCCGUGCGUAGAUACUUUAGCAGACGAUGGAAGAGUACCGAGUCAACUUUACCCUCUGGUUAGAGCGCUACCUUAGCAACGGGACUGGCCUCGGACAGAUGCCAGAGCCACCUGGCUACUUGCUUGGUGUCUGGACCUUGUUCUACAUUGUCAUCUUUGGCGUCGGCCUCUUCGGCAACACGGCUGUUACGGUCGUCGUGCUUCGCUGUCGAACGAUGAGAACGUCGAUAAACUUUCUCUUCCUCAACCUCUGCAUCGCCGACCUGCUCGUUCUCCUCAUCAGCGGUCCCACGGCGGUCAUGGACAUGUACGCUAAAGAGGCAUGGUAUCUUGGGGGCUUCAUGUGCAAGAUGAUUACCUUCCUGGAAAACACGGUGGGCAACGCGUCUGCCUUGAAUCUGGCCAUCAGCGUGGAACGGUACCGAGUGGCCUGCCACACCAUGGCACAGCAACCUGCCAGCCGUCGUUUCGUGGUCAAGACCAGCUCCCUGAUCUGGGUGACGGCCAGCACCGCAGCCCUCCCUCUCGUCUUCAUCACCAGGUUCACCACCGACACUUUCCUGGAUGACACCACGGUGCCAGUGUGCAAGACGCCAUCGUGCUGGCCUGGCACAAGGCCUACCGUGCUGACCACCAGCCUCUUCUUGGUCCUCCCGCUGCUGGUCAUCUUCGUGCUGUACACCCAGGUGUGCCGGCGCCUCAUCGCGCUCUUCAAGCGCGAGCAGAAAAAACUACAAUCUUACCCGCGCGAGAUCGUCAUCCUCAAACGCCAGAUGAUCCAAAUCAUCGUCACCGUGGUCCUCGUCUUCUUCAUUUGCCACACGCCGUACCGCGCGGUGGCGCUGUGGUCCAUGUUCGCGGACCCCUCGACGCUGGCGGAAAUGAACUUCGAGGCCUACCUCAACCUCAUUUACAUGACCCGCAUCCUGCUGUAUUCCAACCACGCCAUCAACCCUUUCGUUUACAACUUCGUCUCACGACAGUUCCGCCGCGCCUUCCUUUGGGUGUGCUGCGAGCGGCGCCGACGCGUCGCGCGGCUGGACGACCCUUGGCACGACCCGACCAACCACCGCUCCUUCCUUCGGCGGGAAUCACUUCGCGGAUUUCGCGGUAAGUUUGAGCCCGAAAGUAAUCCGAGGGACAAAGAGGAGGCUGAGUGUGUGGGCCGUGGACACCGCUACCAGCGAAACGACUUCCUAGUGCUCUACGAAAACUUUAUGUUACUGGAAUAAACGGACAGCUUCAAGACGUGUUCAAAGCCAGUUUUAAAAAGAUCCCCCUCCCACUAACAUACAGAAGUCAGGAGACGAUACUAAUAAUUCUCAAGCUGUAGAAACGGGACAGUGGCUAUCCGCCAUACCCGAAGGAUUCCCGGUAAUAACCGUAAGCGAUUUUAUAGCGGUUCGCCCCUUGAAGCGCAGGGACAGAAGACUUUUGUUCUGUGUGCAUCAUCAACAUCAUCAUCGUCAUAGAGAAGUCUUUAGAAUCCUACCAAGUAUAAUGAUGCUUAUUAUUCUGACUACUGUAACCACUUUAUUCUGUGCUACCGCUGCUAAUUGUUGUUAUCUAGUUGUGUCCGCCUGGACUGCCUGCUCUGAGAUUUGUCACAGAAUGCCUUAAACCAGAUGCUAUUUUAUUGAGAGAGAAAAAAAGAUGUGUACAGGUUUAGUACGCCAAUCAUGUACAAACAAAACGCUUAAGUCUUGUUUUUUGUACUGUGAAUUUUAAGAGAUCGCCAUCGUUGCCUUGUAUAUUCAGCACACGGAAUCACCAUGCGAUAUAUAUAUACACACGCGUGUUGAAUGAUGAAAGAAAAUAUUAAGAUUAGACAAAUGAUUUUAUCUCGGCAAACGUGCGCUUGAUGAUGAAGACAACAUAUUCCAUGACAGACUUGAUGCAGUAACGCAUCAGGCCUCACGUGUUGCUCCAAAUGUUGUGAACGAAGGCUAAUGUGAACUGUGAAUACUGUAAAUAAAGUUGGGCGUGAACCGCUGUGGGUAUUGUGAAUAAAAGUUAGUGUGAA